CCUCUCCAAAGACCGGAGCUGGAGAGGCUCCGGACCCGCCACCCGGUCGCGGGUUUUCUGAUUUCCUGCGCCGAUCGCCGCCGCGACUCCCUCCGAGAAAGGUUAGUUUGCCACUCGCUCCGGGUUAAAUUUACAGGGUGUGCAGACAGCAAAGAUUAGGACUACAGAAGGCGCGCCACUUUAAAAAGUUCUUAAAAAUGCAAUUGUACUUGGCGUUUUCAUGGAUCCACACAGGCAAUUCUACGUGUGCAUUUAAAGACGAGUAGUUCUGCGUUGGUUACACGGGAGCCCUGCUGGUGGUGAUGGGAACAUCCCCCUCUUCUUGGGGGUGGUGAUGACACAUGGAUCGAGUUAUCCAAACUCGAAAUGCAGCCGCGGGUGUGCAGUGUAGCAGCUAAAGGCACCUCUCCGGAGCCAGUUCGGAUGCAAGCGCCGCUCAGCUGGGAAAGGGCGGCAGAGGCAGCUGACGUCACGCCGGGCGGGGCUCGAGUCUCUAUAAAGUCGGUGGGACGCCAGCCCCGGCAGCGGCGUCCAAGCAGCGCCUCGCCAUGAGCAGCUCCAACUCCUCCCAGCUCCACUCCGCCGCCGCCGGGUGCAGCUCCGGCCAGAUGUUCCUGCAGCCCGUCUGGGACCGCCUGCGGACCCGGGAGGCCCUCACGCAGUCGCCCUUCUUCCCGGUCAUCUUCGCCAUCACCACCUAUGUGAGCUUCUGCCUGCCCUUCGUGGUGCUGGACCUCCUGUGCCCCUGGGUGCCCGCGCUGCGGCGCUGCAAGAUCCAGCCCCAGCUGCUGGGCCACGUCGUGCUGUGCCUGCUGCUCUUCGACGCCGAGUUCUUCGCGUGGCACGUGCUGCACCACCGGGUGCCCUGGCUGUACCGGACCUUCCACAAGGUGCACCACCAGAACGCGCCCUCGUUCGCGCUGGCCACGCAGUACGUGAGCGCCUGGGAGCUGUUUUCCCUGGGCUUCUUCGACGUGGUGAACGUCUGGCUGCUCCAGUGCCACCCGCUCACCGUCCUGGUCUUCCACACGCUCAACAUCUGGCUGUCGGUGGAGGACCACUCCGGCUACGACUUCCCCUGGUCCACGCACAGGCUGGUCCCCUUCGGGUGGUACGGGGGCGUGGUGCACCACGACUUGCAUCACUCUCACUUCAACUACAACUUCGCCCCGUACUUCACGCACUGGGACAGACUCUGGGGGACCCUGCGGCCCCCUCGCGCCAGGUAGCCCGCACCCCUCCCGGGUGGGGGUGGCUGCGGAGGGCAGGGGGUGCCCCUCGGAACCAGGACUGCUGGCGCGUUUUCACACUUGAAUCAGAAGAAACACGCCUGGGCUCUUUUAUUUUUAUAUUUUAGUAAGUAAUUUAUUACCUGCUGGAAAUUUCUAGAGACAAUCUGAUGUAUUUUUGUGUGCAAUCUGAUGAAGUAAUUUAUAUCAAUUGUGUAUCAAUAAUUGUAUACUGGGUGUUGAAUUCUAGCUCACUUCAGUAGCCUUGAUUCCUGGAUUGAUUUAGACAUUUAUCACAGGCAUAUUUAAAUCAUUUCUAAAUGGAUUUGUUUGUAGGACAAAGAACUUCCUACGUUUGAAAGUGUCCUAGAAUGAGACUAAAAACCAUAUUUUUUAAAAUGGAGAAUCUGAUGUCUGAUGCUAUAAACAAUGCAACAUGUUCCUGCUGGACAGUAACUAAGAUGAUCGUACUUUUUUUCCUAUUUUUUUCACAGAAUUUUAUAUUUAUAUGGAAAGAAAUGUUAUUUAUGCUUAAAAAAUAUAUGAA